CGCGCGCAGAGGCUACAAGUGCCGCGGCUGGUGAUUGGGGGACUUUCAGCGGGAGCCGUGCCGGGGCGAGCGCGCGGGGCUCGAGCCGCGCGGGGUGGCCGAGGCAAGAAGGAAACCUGCCUUCUCAUUUGAGGGAUCCUGUCGCAGGAAUGUGUGAGUCCUUGGAUAAAUUUGGCUUGGUGACGGCAGUGUGCUUUCUCCAGAGACACUGCCACUUCCUCCGUGCACCUUUUCUACCCUGACCUAAGUUUCUCAGUGUAAAUCCCUGUGACAAGUCAGAGCAUUUGUCCUUUCCACACUUCUUUACCGUCGCUAGAAAUCCCCUCCCUUCUUUUCCCCUCUUUAGGAGAAACGGGCUGAGGUGCCGACAGCUGUGGCUGCAGAGGAAAUGGGGACCUCAGGAGCAGCACUCCUGGCAGUGCAGCCUUAGCUUCUGUCGGGUUCUUAUCUAACUGCGUUGUUAUUGGUAGGCUUUCUGAAAGCUGCUAGGGGCUGUCUGACUAGCUCCCAUGGAGCUCCACUACCUUGCAGAGAAGAGCAGCCAGGCAGACCUGUGUGAUGCCAUGAACUGGAGUUCACGAGGGCUUCCCAGUGACCAGGCAGACGCAGCCACCAGAGCUGCCCUCUGCUGCCAAAGACACUGUACGUCCACACCAAGAGCAACUGAGAUGGAAGGGUCUAAACUCAGUCCUUCUCCAGCAUCUCCCUGCUCCUCUCCGAGAGACCAUGCUAUUCAGCCAGACUCCUUCCCACCGGGACCUCUCCACUCAGGGAACAGCCCAGUAGCAGUGGAACGGAAAGUCUGCAACUGCUGCAGCCAGGAAUUAGAAACUUCUUUUACCUAUGUGGACGAGAAUGUGAACUUGGAGCAGCAGAACCGAAGUUCUCCUUCAAGUAAAGGGCGUAAUCACCCUGGAGACCUGGGCUGGGAAAAUCCAAGUGAAUGGUCCCAAGAGGCUGCCAUAUCCUUGAUAUCUGAAGAGGAAGAUGAUACAAGUUCAGAAGCCACAUCUUCAGGGAAGUCAGUAGAUUACGGUUUCAUCAGCGCCAUCUUGUUCUUGGUCACUGGCAUCCUGCUGGUGAUCAUCUCUUACAUUGUGCCACGGGAAGUCACUGUGGAUCCCAACACCGUGGCAGCCCGGGAGAUGGAGCGCCUGGAGAAGGAAAGUGCGAGGCUGGGGGCCCACCUGGACCGCUGUGUGAUUGCCGGGCUCUGCCUCCUCACUCUGGGAGGGGUCGUCCUGUCCUGUUUGCUGAUGAUGUCUAUGUGGAAGGGGGAGCUUUAUCGUCGAAACAGAUUUGCCUCUUCCAAAGAGUCUGCAAAACUCUAUGGUUCUUUCAACUUCAGGAUGAAAACCAGUGCUAAUGAAAACACCCUGGAACUGUCCUUGGUAGAGGAAGAUGUUCUCGCUGUACAGAGUUAAUUCUCGUUGUGAGCUUCUUGAGAAUCUGCCUUGGCGUUUGAUAUGAAAACAAAAUGUUAACAAAUGUUAACAAAAUGUUAAUUUAUAAAAUGUGAAUUUAUUUGCCUGGCAAGAAAAGUUUAUUUCACAAACCAACAGCCAGUGAGUGUUUUUGUUCUCCAUGUGUCUUCUAUUUCGAAGGAAAGUCAUGUAAGAUGCAUAAGAAACCACAACCAGCCACACCUGUCCUUUCAAAGAGCUGAACACUAAUUAAUCUGGGAUGGCCAUGAGCUUCUACUUACAUAGCAAAAUAUUUCUAAUGACCCGGUACACAAAUGAUUUCUUUUACAUGAAUAUGGGAUAUUUAUUCUUUGGAUACAUGGGGUCCUACAGACUAGGAUCAAUUGCUAAUCUAUUUUGUGAAAAGUUUACUAAGCAUUAAUCACAUAAUAUAUUUAAUUCUCAAAGGUGCUUGUCCAUUUUCUUGCUUAAUUUUUCUUCCUGUAAUUUGGCUAAAUGCUAAAAUAUAGAAUUUUGAGUUUGAACAUUUUGAAGCUUGAGGAUGUUGGUUAUUUUUAAAGUAACUGUAAAAAAUGUUAUAUUUAAAAUCAUUCAGAAAUAGUAACUAAGUCAUUAGGAUAAAUUUUCUAAUGAAAGAAAAUUGUAUAAAUCAUUAUAAGACCAAUGUGAAUUUAACCCACAAUGUUAAAUGUGCCCAAUAAUAGCUAGGGUUACAUGCCUCUGUUUGUAAAUGAAGUGAAAUUCGUUGCUGAUAUAAAUUUUAUUUUUUGUUUGUAGUUUUGUCAUCAUACUGGUUACCUGUGCUCUUGAAGUCUUUGCUGGUUCUCACACCACUUUCAUGCUCUCAAAGCAUGAAAGUUUUAAAAUAUGUUUCCAGACAUCUAAACAUCUCGGCAGGUCUGAGUCACAUUGGCUCUGGCAUGCUCCCAAGUGACAUGUUGUUUGGGGAAAAUCUCCAAUACAAUUGCGGCUACACUCUGGGGAACUGUGCCUAACCGGCUGUCUCACUGCUCUAGGCCAAACAACAAGUCCUUGCCUCAGGAUGGCAGCAGUCCUUAAGCCCACAGCCAAAAAAAUUAAAAUGGAAAGAGAGAGAGAGAGAGAAAUAUUAAACACACUGAUUCAGUGGGAGCUGCACCGAGCACCAGAACUCCCCUCCCACCCGCAGUGGUCUAGGCGUCAUUCAGCAACUCUGAGCUCUCGCUUUGUAAAGUGCAAACUCUCGCUCUGUGCGAAGCAUGAUAGUCAGUGUGGUCACAACUUGACAAAACACACACCUAGUGUCCAUAAUGACACGCCUCGGUAUGGCAGUGGUUCAGGAAGGGGACAGGGAACGUGGCCGCAGAAACAUUUUGCAUUCUGCAAUGUUUCCUUGAGGUGUUUCCAGCCUCCCAUUUUAAUAGUUGUUUUAGCUGCCAUGACUGUGUUACCAGGAUCAGGGGGAUCAUUCUUAAAAAUGACUAGAGCUAGGACUUGGUGUGAGAAGGCAGGGAGGAAGAAGUGAGAAAGUGAUUUAUUUAUAGAUUGGAAAGCCUGGUUCUAAUGUCUAAAGUUUGUGUUGUUACGGAAAUCUGUGGGAUGUACGGGUGACUUGGCUGGCAAAGUGUGUGGAUCAAGAUAUUUAGGGGAAUGAGCUCUCAUAUGUGUCAAGAUUGAUUUGAUGAGCAAGGUAUGCUGUGUGUCACCAAGGGUUAAGGUGAAAUGCAAAAAAGGAGGAUCAGAGGAUAGUAAAGAGAGAGGACAAGUAUUGUGAAAGAAUUAUUAGGUAAAAAUGAGAAGUGAUAUGGACAUCAGAGGAAGGUAGAUGUGGUUCAAUUGCUUUACCCUACAGAACAGUACUGAUGUAUUGAUUCAGAAAGAAUUGAGACAAUGUAAGCAUAACUUUUGUUUUUUAUUGAUGGUUCUUUGUGCUUUAUGAACCAAACUUUGUUUUUCUGUGACUUGUGUCAUAGUUUAUACUGAGGCUGUCUUACCACUAGUAUAAGUUUUAUAUUCUAAAGGUUUAUAAGUCUGGCUCUAGCUUGCCUGAGGAUCCACUUUGGAUAAUAUUGAAGCAGAAAGGGAGUAAUCUACUGUUUGGCUGAGUGAGUAGGUCUGAGCAAGCAGGUCUGAGCUUUUUUUUAAAUGUGUUUACAAAAACUACAUGUUUAUUCAUAGAAUCUAAGUAAGAUUGACUGAGUUUGUUUUUGUUUAUUGGUGAAACAAGAUUAAUUAGCCAAAUGGUAGACUAAACUGAAUUAAUAUGCAGCUGAUUUUCAGUUUAUGAAGGAAGAGGAGUUUGAGAAUCAAAUGUUAGGAAGUUUUCUUCAAUUGAUAAUAAGGGAGAAAAAGCCAAAGCUUUUCAUGUGGAAGUAUUUAGUGAAUCUUGCAGUGGUACCAAAUUAUAUAGAUGUGGUCUAAAGGCAACAUAAAAAAGAAUGCCAUUUAGGAAAAGAAAAUAUUCAAGAACUAACAAGUCAUAAUAUAUUUACUUUUUUUCCAAGAAGUCCAUAAAGUUUUCCUUAAAAUUGAAAAUUGAAAUUUAGUAAGCAAAUGCUUAUUUCAACAUUGUUUGAACCUGCUCAGAUAUAGAGCACAUCUCUUUUGACAUUCAACUUAGGUGAGGGCAGAUCAUUAUACCAAAAGGAACCGAUUUAGAGAAUCAUCUGGAUGACACCUUUUGUGCUGGAUUGAUGUCAUUCAGAUACUUGCCUUAAUCAACUUUUCCCUGGAUAAUUGGUGUGUGUAGCCCUGAUCUACCCUGUCAGUGCCUGCAUUCAAGAUGGGGAUUACUUGAACUUAAAAUAAUGGCAUCACAGGCAAAGAAAAGCCAUGUGCUUUAUACACUGUUGUUUCCAAUCUGAUAAAGAGUGUUUUUGGCUCUAGAAGUAUUAGGCAAGACCAGGUGAUAAAUGUUACAGACAUUGGGCAGACAAUAGCUGUGGUAUUGGUCUUGGAUCCUUCCUGGAGAUUUAUGACCUUACAUCUAUCUCUUCAACACGGGUGCUGGUUGUUAUCUAUGAAAGUUUUUAUUGCUAAGCCUAAAGAAGCAAAACUCUUUUUUUUCAGAGAUCCUAGGUCUUUAGCUUAUCUAUCUGGUUUUAGAAGUCUAAACUCAUAGUUUCAUUCCUAGUCUUAACCAGAAGGCAGCUCAUCCGUCAGAAAUGUGGUCCAACGGGGUGAGUUCCAGAAAGAAAGCUGCUUUUCUCCUUUACUACUGGGAACUACAUGCUGCUAAUAGACAGCUUAAGCCUAUUAAUGUCUUUAAUAAACCAUUUCCUUUUAAGGCACCUUGAAGUGUUUGUGGCAGAGUUUGCAGAGGGUUUUCUUUGCAAUGCUGUUUGUCCUUCCCAGCCAUUUGGAGCUCCUAAAACAGACCAUACAAUAUGAUGCACUGGCCCUCAUACAAUGAAUGUCUUUCCUCUGUGUUCCCUAUCACGUCGCUGGUUUAUAGUUUGGAGAACAGGACUGCUUGGAACCGUAAGUUCUUGGAGGCUGUGGAUACUUUAGCCCACAUGACUACUAUGGCCCUUGAUUCUGUAUUACCUAGAUACUUGCCUUGAUAUCACAUGCCUUUCUGUCUACUCAAAAUAUUUGAGUCCAUACCCCUGAUACAUAUUUGCUUUAGGAACCCAAUUGGACCAGUGCUGGCACAUGCCCUUUGAGGUGCAACUUUGGACAAAAAGACUUCCCUACCAAAUUUAUUUGCGCCUUCCCUUUGCUCCCUAGGGUAAGGUUAAAUGAGUGAGUGAGCACCACUUGGAUAUUAAGAAUUAAGAGUCUGAACUCAAGUGACUCUACUUUUUUUUACUUGCUUCUUUAAGACAAGCAAAAUUCUAGGCAGGAGCACAUCUUUCACAUGUACAAUAGUUGGCUCACACAAAACCUUGCCUGAAUUAUUCUACAGUUAAAGGAUUCUAUAUAUCUAUCAAUAAGGAGAAGAUUUUUCAAUCUGAAGGUCAGAUUUCACUCUAGCAAUUAAUGUCACCACAAAAAUGUGAUCUGACAAAGAAGAUUCACAACCUUUGCCAAAUCUACAGCAAGAUUUAAUGCUGUCAACUAAAUUCCACUGCAACAAAGGAAUAAAACAGAUCCCCACUGCUCUCUGUAAUGGGUUUAACCUUUCCCAGAAUUGGACAUAAAGAAUGACUACAGUGAGAAUUAUAAUGAAGUCUCACUGGCUUUUACCAGUGUAAAAUAGUUCAUAAGAAAGAGAAUUAAUACAUCAUUGUAUUUCAGCUGAUUUUCAGCUGUAUUAUUUUAUGGUUCAUAGUAUUCUACAAUAUUCUUUCCUUCUGACUUUUAUAAGUCUAGGGAAAUAAUUUGCCUGCCUAGUGCAUUGACACUGUAAAAAGUAAGACAUUAUUUUAGACACAUAAAACUGAUUUUAAAAAUCCGUGGCUUACACUUAAGAGUGUACUUGUGGUUUAAGUGUGUUGGUGUGCAAGUUUAUGCGCACUCAGGUCUAUGUAUUAGGAGUACAUUUUAUAGUUAUAGAUCUUUCUAUAUCCAAAGCUAUUGUUAGAAUAAUUUUCUUAUAGGAAUUUGGCAUGCCUUAAUGUUGACUUUAAGAACAAGAGAAGUGUUUCACAGAUCAUGAAUGAAGGAUUUGGAAUCAACCUCAGAAUGAGAUGCCAUAAUUAUAUAAAUCUGUUUCGGUGGUUCAGCAUCCCACAAAUGUUUAUUGAUUUAUUUUUUUAGCCUCUCAAUUUCGGGCUCAUAAGAAUAUGGCAUAUUUAGAAAUUAUUUUACUGUGGAUUGUUAUUUUAUUUCAGGGAACUAUGGGCAGCAUAUUCCUUUAUUCCAACUUCUCAUAUUUCUCCUAUGUUUCAGGAAAAGCCGUCGUUAUUUUCUCACUGUCAUUUUUACGCUUCUUAGCCAGGUUCCAAAAAAAUGUCAUGUAAGAAAGAAAGAAAAGAUGGGUUAUUACUAUAUAGUAUAUUUAGAGUUUGCACUCAGUGGCUCUCAUCGUGCUUUUGAUUUUUACUUUUCUUGCCAAACAAAAAUAAUUUGAUGUUUAUUAUGUGCUUUUUAUAUUAUAAUGGGAAAUUAUUAAGGCUAUGAGCUUUUUUAAAGGGCAUUUGACACCUUAUAGCAAGUAUAUCAUAUCAUUUUAAAAUAAAGUAUUUAUUAAUAUGUUUUAUUCUAUUUGUUAAUUUUUAUUUAAACCUGAA